AUGGCAUCUACCCUUACCCCCCAGAAGAGGCUCCUCACGAAGCAGGAUAUGCUACAGGGCAAGUGCUUUGUGGCGCUGUCAGAAGCCCUGCGUGUCCAGGGCCCUGAGCUCGGCCUCCAGCUCCCCAUCCGUGCCGUGGUCGCGGGUGGCGCCGUCGCCGUCCUUAAGUUUGGCGGGCGGACCAUCACGCAGGACGUUGACUUCGCACUUGACGCCAACCAGGUCGACCUCGAGGACGCGAUUCAGCGGAUCGCGGACGGCAUCACGCUCUACAACACGAGCGACGGGCCGGAGCAAAGCCUCUUCAAGUACUGGUUCAAUCCCGCUAUGAGUUUCUACCUGAACGGGAAGCCAUACCGGGGCGCGUACCAGGAGGGCCUCGCACAGGGCGAGAUGCUGUUCCACUCGGACAGCCUCGAGCUGUACAUCGCGCCGUGGAAGUUCCAGCUGUACCGCAAGGUCGGCCGAGUUGUGAAGGCGCUCUGGCAGAACGGGGAGCGGAGACAGACGGACAUCGACGAUACCGUUGACCUCAUCCACCAGUUCAACGCGCAACGCCAGCAACCUGUCACACUCAACGAAGUAAAGGGCUGGUACAAGGACCCAGGUGCGAAGCUGGACCACAAGGUGGCGCAAGACGCCGCACGGAUCAUCUCCGAGCGGUAUCGCGCGAAGUACGGAGGAAACUUCACGCUGUAG